GGGAUUGUGAAACUCGAAGAUCGGAUCCAGCGCUUUCUCUCGCUUUCCAAACCCUAAAACCAGAAGAACCAGAAGAAGAACAAGAACCAGAAGAAGAGGAAGAAGAAGAAGAAGAAGAAUACCGAAGGUUUUCGUUUGUUUCCGUUUUAUCCAUGGACUUUACUGCGAUUCAAACCAGUUGAGGACGAACGAGCAAUAAUCUCAGUCGUUGAAGAAAAAACGGAAAGUGAUUUGGUAAUAGAAGAAUGUCAUCGUCGAAUUCACCAUGUGCGGCGUGUAAAUUUCUUCGGCGAAAAUGCACACAAGAAUGCGUGUUCGCGCCGUACUUCCCACCGGAUCAGCCGCAGAAAUUCGCUAAUGUUCACAAGGUGUUUGGCGCAAGCAACGUGGCGAAACUUUUGAAUGAGUUGAACGCGUCGCAGCGUGAGGACGCAGUGAACUCAUUAGCCUAUGAGGCAGAGUUUCGUCUGCGAGACCCAGUGUACGGAUGUGUCGGCCUUAUCUCUGUCCUACAACACAAGCUAAAGCAAAUGCAAAGCGACCUGUACAAUGCCAAAAAGGAACUGGCCAGUUAUGUUGGCCCUCAAGCAAUGAUUCCAAUUCUUCAGCCUUCCACUGCCAUUAUGACCACUAACCCUCAAGGACCCGUCACUAGCCCUUCCUCCUCCGUCCUACUUCCUUACAAUAUGUCCCCCAUGUUUGGGAUUCCCUCUUCUGGCGGCGGUGGCUCCUCCCAACAGAUGCUCAUUCGUGAGUCGCCCCAUCAACAACAACAACAUCAACACCAGAUACAGCAGCAGCAGCAGCAGUUGUUUGAGGCUCAGCAAUUGGCUGCGGCAGUAGCGGCCAGAGAGCAGCAAGAAAUGUUCAGAGCGUACGAGCAGAAGCAAACCCAGCAGCAGCAGCAGCAGCAGCAGCAGCAGCAACAGCAUUCUCCUUCCCAACGCCAACACGAGCUCUUGAGGUUCAAUGGGUUUGACCCGGCUGGUGUUGGUGCCGGUGCCGGUGCCGGUGCUGGUGGGUUUAAUAAUCAGAUGAAUUCGCCUUCAGAUUUGACAUUGGGAACUUUUCCCGACAAUAGCUACCAAAUUCAAACGCAACCAGAACACUCCCAUUCCCAUUCCCAUUCCCACCAUCAUCAUCCGCUUCAAGUACAGCUAUUUCCUCAACCUCAGCAAACUCAGCUUGACCAAUCACAGCAACAGCAGCAGCAGCCCCAUCCACACCGAUCGCAGCAAAUCCACAAGCCUGAAGCUACUGCAGAUGAUGGUAGGAAUAUUAACAUUGGACCCUCUUGUUGAUUCUUUUUUUUUUUUUCUAAUGAAUUUUCUCGUCUAGGUAUUAAUUUUUUGUUGUUACAUUUUAGCAUCUGGUUUAUGAUAUAUCCUUGUGCAUGCCCCAAGGUCUUUUUUGUUU